AUGUGUUUUAUUAAACCGGAUGAUGACGUUGCUGAUUUAUUGAGAAAAACGAAGUUGAUAAUUUGGGAUGAAGCACCGAUGAAUCAUAAACAUGCGCUUAAAGCACUUGACCGAACAAUGAAAGAUAUCUUCAAAUGUGAGAUGAGUUUUGGUGGUAAAGUUAUGGUGUUCGGUGGUGACUUUAGACAAAUACUUCCGUUUGUACCAAAUGGUAGUAAACAAGAAAUCGUUAAUACUUUAAUCACGUCGUCGUAUAUUUGGAGUACUUGCAAGGUCCUUACGUUAACGAAAAACAUGAGGUUAACUGUAGGAGCCAACGCAUCUGAUAUAGAAGAGAUUAAAGCUUUUGCAAAUUGGUUGCUUGAGUUGGGCAAGGGAAAGAUUGGUGACAGUGAUGAUUGUGAGGUGGUUAUAGAUAUUCCUGAAGAUCUGUUAAUCAAGUGCUCUGUGGAUCCUAUGUCAGAUUUGAUCGACUUUGUAUACCCUUCACUUCUUCAACUAUACAAAGAUAUAGAUUAUUUUGCUGAAAGAGCUAUACUGGCACCAACAAAUAAGGUUAUUCAAAAAUAA